CAAACGCUACCAUCAGCUUCAAUCUUGGAGAAACUUCUCAUCACAUUUUCUCUCACUGUUCAGACCUAUAUAACCCCAACCAUAAGUAGCUGAUCCCAGAGCACGAAGUGCAGCACCAGCUCAAGAUGAAGCUUCACGUCGCCACGGUCGCUUCCCUCCUGGCUCUGGCCGCGGCCGCGACGGCCGGCGCCGUCACGUUCGACGCGACGAACACGGCGUCCAACACCCCCGGCGGGCAGCGGUUCGACCAGGCCGUCGGCCUCGACUACGCGAAGCAGGUCCUGUCCGACGCGUCCACCUUCAUCUGGAACACCUUCAACCAGCCCAGCCCCGCCGACCGCAAGCCCGUCGACGCGGUCACCCUUGUCGUCGAGGACAUCGGCGGCGUGGCCUUCACCAGCAACAACGGCAUCCACCUCAGCGCCCAGUACGUCGGCGGCUACUCCGGCGACGUCAAGACCGAGGUGACUGGUGUGCUGUACCACGAGGCAACACACGUGUGGCAGUGGAACGGGCAGGGGCAGGCGAACGGCGGCCUCAUCGAGGGUAUCGCCGACUUCGUGAGGCUGAAGGCGGGAUACGCGCCGGGGCACUGGGUGCAGCCGGGCCAAGGGGACCGGUGGGAUCAGGGGUACGACGUCACGGCGAGGUUCCUGGACUACUGCGACUCGCUCAAGCCAGGGUUCGUCGCGCUGCUCAACGCCAAGAUGAAGGAUGGAUACACCGACGACUUCUUCGCUCAGAUACUGGGGAAGACCGUGCAGCAGCUGUGGCAGGACUACAAGGCCAAGUACGGAGGCUGAUGGUGAUGGGUACGUGUGACUUGUGGCCCCUGGUCAACACGCCAUGCAUUGCUCUGGCCUGCAUGGUGUGACAUAUAGAAUAAGGUGUUUGUUGUUCAGCAAAGAAUACUAUUGCUUACCAGGAAUGAUCAACAAGCCAGGUAUUUAUCGUAAUAGAGAUAUGGAUCUGUAUAAAAUCUUAUAU